UUCUAUUAAUAUAUAUAUUUUUUUGUUUGUGCCUAUAGUGGAAUGGUGGGAUAAUUUUGGACAAUCAACUCCAAACUUGCAAAAGUUUACUGUGAGAAUUUUAGGUCUUACUUGUAGUGCAAGGAUGCGAGCGUAAUUGGAGUGUGUUUGAACAGCUUCAUAGCAAGAAACGAAAUAGGCUUGCUCAAAGUCGUUUGAAUGAUCUAGUGUUCAUCAAAUACAACAGAGCACUAAAACGUCGAUACAACCUACGAGAUAUUGUCGACCCCAUCUCCUUGAAAGAUAUUGAUGAUAGUAAUGAAUGGUUGAUUGGAAGAUUGGAUGACGAUUCUUAGGAGGAUGAUGAGUUGGUAUUUAACGAUGAUUCUUUAACGUGGGGUGAUGUUUCUAGAGCUGUCGGAGCAAAAGAACCAUCAUUCUAUUCUAGAGCUAGUACCUCUAGACUUGACUAUUGUUUCAUGUUCAUCCUCGUCUACCACGCAACGGAAACAAGUAAAUUUAGAUGACUUCGAUUUGGAAGAAGAAGAUACUGAUGGCUAUAAGUCUAACGAAGGAUUGAAUGAAGACGAGGAUCAAUUUAGUGAUGAUGAGUUUGAUCUUUAGGGAUGAACUUUUAUUUUGAUUAUUGACUUAUUGAAUACUGGGUAGUUUUUUGUUGUGUUUUGUUGUUUAGGCUACUUAUAUUGGGUACCUAUAUUUUAUACAUUGUUGCUCUGCUAUAUGUGUGUAUAUAUAUAUUUUCUUAUCUUUUUAUAUAUAGUGCGCCUUAUGAAAAAAAGCUUGCCCUUUUUUUUGCGCCUUGCACCUAGGCUCCAGAGGACCAAUGCGCCUUAGUGCGCCUUGAGCCUUCAAAAACACUGGGGACAGUUCAUCGGGCUCUGUUGCCCGGAUGGAGGAGCGAGUUAUGGAGCUAGAUAACUCCCAGAAGGAUAUAAUAGAAAUGAUAAAUGGCAUGUCAGAGGACUUUCAAGCCACCCUGGAUGUCGUUAGAAAUGAAAUCGUAGAGGUGAACACGAAGGUGAACCUUACGAUGCGAGCGUUGGCCAAUCAAGCUCCAGCUGGAGGAGCGAUCGCAGUUGGCAAGAUAAAGAUCCCGGAACCCAAGCCCUUCUGUGGGGCAAGGGAUGCAAAGGCAUUGGAAAACUUUAUCUUCGAUAUUGAGCAGUACUUUAAAGCCACAAACAUCGUGGCAGAGGAAGCCAAGGUGACAUUGGCAACCAUGCAUCUAUCUGAGGAUGCAAAGUUAUGGUGGAGGUCCCGAUACAUUGACAUUCAGGAAGGGCGUUGUGUAAUAGACACAUGGGACAGUUUGAAGAGAGAACUCCGCUCGCAGUUUUUCCCUGAGAAUGUCGAGAUUCUGGCUCGACGAAAACUGCGGGAAUUAAAGCACACUGGAAGCAUUCGGGAGUAUGUGAAGCAGUUUGCGGGGCUGAUGUUGGACAUAUCCGACAUGACCGAAAAGGACAAGAUCUUUAGUUUUGUUGAAGGACUGAAGCCGUGGGCAAGGACUAAGCUAUACGAGCAGAAGGUCCAAGACCUCGUAUCAGCCUAUGUGACAGCUGAACGCUUGUUUGAUCUGUCUAGUGACGUUCAAGAGACGAGACGUCAACAAAAGCUCUUCACUUGGAAGAGAUAGAAACAACUGAUCGAAUUAUCCCGAAGUUGUCAGUGGAAAUAGAAGUCCCGGUAGAGACCGCAAGCCUCCUCAGUCAAAUACAGGGAACAACGGGCAGAGGCCCAAUAAUCAGAGGACAUCCCACGCUUCUAUCAGUUGCUACAUUUGUAACGAACCACAUCGGGCAAGGGAAUGCCCAGAUAAAGCUGCCUUCUAUGUCUUUCAGGCCUCGUUAGCUGCAGACUCAGAUGACACGUCGGGGCCACCAGAGAAGGAAGUGGAGCAAGUAGAAGAAGUUCAGAAUGUUAGAAUGGGAGCCAAAGAAGGAAGUGGAGCAACUGUAGGUGGGGACCACAAAUGAGUGGAACGACGCACGAUACAAGAGGGACCACUGUAGGUGGGGGGAGUGAAUAUAAAUAAGGGAGAGAGAGAGAACGGGUAGCUUUUGUUUUGGGUAGUAAAGAAUCCUAUUGUUUUAUUCUUGAAAGAUAGGAUAGCAGGAGAGGGAAAGGAAUCCAUCGAAUGGGCUCAUAACCAAUUCGGUUAGAGUGUUCUGUAUUAUUUCUGCAAUUUUCAUCUUAGUAAUAUCGAGUAUCCUUCAUCUUUAUAUAUUGGAAGUGGGAAUAGCUGGUAUCCCAUCACUAACCCCACCGUUGUGCAGACAGACCUUAGGCAACCUAAAGGACUGAGAACGAUCUCGGCCAUGCAACUGAGAGAGAACUGUGUUCGAGAAGACACAAGGUGUGUCGUUGAGAAAUAUGGAGAUGGGAAACGUGAGAGUUUGCCCAUGCCAGGAUCGCCUACGGAGAAUAAUCAUCGUAUGGCACAGUCAGAGUCACCUAGACUCUGGAGACAAUCAAAGAGAUUGUCGAGUGCAGGAUUCGCUAGACCUGCAGGAGCUCCGUAUAAAGCACAAGGCUUUUUGCGUGAGGAAGAGAAUUGGCGGUUGUGUGUCAACAACCGUGUCCUAAAGCAAGCCCCGUGGAGAGGGCCAAUUCUUGGGUCUGUGAGCAUGACCCAACCUGUUGAAACUUACACUGAGGCGUGUAGUCAUGCGUUGAGUGGUGUCCUACUGCAGAAUAGACACCCUAUCGCAUUUGAGAGUCAGAAGAAGAGUGCCACCGAGGGCAAUUAUACAAUGUUUGAAGAAGAAACGCUGGCCAUAGCACACAGUCUGAGGGAUGGGAGACGGGGUUCCCAUAGAUUAACGUUUGUCAAAGAGAUGAACAACGACGUUGCCUGCCAUUUCGGUACUCGGCCGAAUCUGAGUUCGAAUCAAGCAAGGAGACGAAGAGUCAUGCCCAAACCUGAUUUCGAGUCAGAACGCAAGAAGAGCAAUCGUGGGGUUCCACAUGUGUCGGCUCGUACACAGGCCUGUCAAGCUGAUGUCCCAAUGCGAGACGCGUCAACAGAAUCCACGAAGGAAAACUCUGUCGCUCAUGAUGGUAGGAGUUCGACGAAGGCCGGCCAAUUAGCGCAAAGGAACGGGGGUCGUUCGUUGGAGGCAACACAACCGGGUGUUACAGCUAUGAAGAAAUCAUCAACUGAAGGAAGUCCAACCAUGAGUGUUGGUGACGGACAAUAUGUAUUGUCGCGUCCUGUUGAUUUUUCUUGUAUGAAGGAGCCUCAGACUCGUAACCUUGCCAAGAAGUGGAAGCGUAGAUUAGACACUGUUCGAGCCAAUUUGGAGAUAGUCUCAAAGCGGUUGAGAAGAUGGGCAGAUGGGAAGCAUCGCCCCCUGGACCUUCAUGUGGAAGGUCAGGAUAUCGUGACGCCGCGACCUGAACUGAUGCGGUUUCUGAAGAUACGAAGAUCUUCACCUCGUGAGAGCACACGAGGAAUCAACAGAAGUUGAAGAAGAAGACCCAUGGGGAGGAUACACAAGUUCGUGAUGAAGCAGAAGAGCCUCCUCAUGGAAGAAGCCUGUGGAAGACGUACCAAGACCGUGAAGCAUGGAGGCAGAAGAUCGAAGGAUUCCAGCUUUGCCAGUCGACGGGGACGUCAACUGUUUAAGUGGGGGAGUGUGUCACGGACAUAUUUUUCCAAAGUGUGUUUACCUUUGGUUAUAUGCUCCGAUUACCCUCAGUUUAUUCCAUCUUUACUUUGCAUAACUAGUAUAGGUGUUUACUUUCCAUUCUAGGUCAUAAAGCUUGGGUGUGAUGUUUCGGCAUUUUCAUAUGCAAGCCUGCCAGAGAAGAAAAUGUUCAAAAUGUACUAUAGGGGAGGCAU